AUGCCAGGCUCCCACGACGCUGGUAUGGGCACAUUCAAACCUGGCACUAUCGGCGCACAUUUUGCCAAUACUCAGACCCAAUAUCUGGACUUUUACCAACAACUCGAAGCUGGAUCACGGUACUUUGACCUCCGCCCUGUGCUCUCGAGAGGCGAGUGGGUGGCUGGUCACUACGGCCAAGUCGGCGACAUCUGGCUCGGUGGGAACGGGCAGUCCCUUACAGACAUCAUACAACAGAUCAACGACUUCACUGCAAAAUACCAGGAACUCAUCAUCAUAAAUCUCAGCCACACUCUCGACACAGACAACCAGUACAAAGACCUCACGCAAACGCAAUGGAACGAUCUCUUCACAACACUAAAGCGCAUCAACAACCGCUACACCGUCAGCAACCCCGGCGCCACCGAUCUCUCCACGCGCCGUCUGGGUGACUUCAUUACAGACCGCGCAUCCGUUGUCAUCAUCGCGCAGAUACCGGAUGAUGUGACACUAGGCGACUUUGCAAACCAAGGAUUCUACUCGGGCCGCAACUUUCCUUUCUACGACGAAUACAGCAACAGCAACAAUCUCGCCGCUAUGAAGAGCGAUCAGCUGGCGAAGCUGAAGCAGAACCGGAAUAUCGUCGCGGAGCAAAGUCAGAGGAAAGACUUGUUCCAUAUUUUCUCAUGGACGUUGACACAACAGCCGGAGGAUGUGUUGAUCUUUGAUAAAGCCAUCAUGUUUGUUUCCCUCUUUCCUAUCCCGACUUAA